GCCACGAAUCCGUGCGCGAAAUGAUCGGAGCGGACGCGAGUGUUGUAACGGCAUGACGGCGGAUCGGACGCGCUGCUGCUGACGGAGGAGAGCCGGUAGAGACGCUCCAGCCCCGGUGUACAGAAGAGAGGAGCGGCGGGGAGAGAGAGAGCGGAGCGCCGGGAGAAUCAUGCGGUUUCCUGCGCUCCGGCUGCUGGCACUUGUGUGGCACUUCUCCGCGCUUUUACGCACCGCGCAAACUUACAAACUGCACCCGAAACAAGAAAGCUUCAUCAGUCAGCUGUCAUCGUAUGACAUCAUCACUCCAGUGCGUUUGAAUGAGUUCGGUGAGUCGUUCCCGCACCAGCUGCAUUACCGCAGGAGGAGGCGCAGCACUGACGCAGAGCUCUCUGGUUUGAGGGCUCAUUACCGGAUCGAGGCGUUUGGACAGAGCUUUCAUCUGAACCUCACCGCAGACUCUGGAUUCAUCGCUCCGUCAUACACGGUUCUUCAUCUGGGAGAGGAGGAGAACGGAGGAGAUGCUGCAGACCUGCGACACUGCUUCUUCAGAGGACACGUCAACGCUCGUACAGAACAUCACGCUGUCUUCAGUCUCUGCAGUGGACUUAUCGGUACGUUUACGACACGCAGUGGUCAGUUCUUCCUCGAGCCGCUGUUGAGCGCUGAUGGAGAGGAGUAUGAUGAAGAACAUAACAAACCUCACCUCGUUUACAGACAUGAUGCACACAAGAAGUCACCUGACACACAGCCAUGCACAACCUCAGAACACCAUAGCGACAAUCACAUCAGUCUCCAUAGCAACAGAACCCUGGAGGAGGAAGUGACGUCGAUACAGGAAAUGAUGCACAAACACACGUCUCACUCGGAAGGCAAUUCCAGCGACUCGCAUUCACGCAAAAAACGCUUCCUGUCCUACCCACGCUUCGUGGAGCUCAUGGUUACUGCGGAUACCAAGAUGGUGCGACAUCACGGACGAAACCUGGAGCACUACAUACUAACAAUCAUGUCAGUAGUUGCUGCGAUCUACAGAGAUCCGAGUGUGGGAAACCUCGUCAACAUCAUGAUCAUCAAGCUCCUCAUCAUACACAAUGAACAGGAAGGACCAAGCAUAAACUUCUACGCCACGUCGACGCUUCAUAACUUCUGCGUUUGGCAACAGAGCCACAAUGUUCUGGACGACAGUCACCCGUCACACCACGAUACCGCACUGCUUAUAACCAGGGAGGACAUCUGCCGUGCAAAAGACAAGUGCGACACAUUAGGUUUGGCAGAGUUGGGGACGAUGUGCGAUCCAUACCGCAGCUGUUCCAUUAGUGAGGAGAACGGUCUGAGCGCGUCCUUCACCAUCGCUCAUGAGCUGGGACACGUGUUCAACAUGCCCCAUGAUGACAGUCCAAAGUGCCGCGAGGCCGGAGUCAAGCAUCAGUAUCAUGUGAUGGCCCCGACGCUGAACUACGACACAAGCCCCUGGUCCUGGUCCAAAUGCAGCCGCAAAUACAUCACAGAGUUCCUCGACACUGGUUAUGGUGAAUGUCUACUGGACGAGCCCUCAGGCAGAGCAUAUAACCUUCCUAACCAGCUUCCAGGUCAACUCUACAAUGCCAACCGACAGUGUGAACUCAUGUUUGGUACCGGCUCUCAAGUCUGUCCAUUUAUGAAACAGUGCAAGCGUCUUUGGUGCACCAGUGCCGAGGGCGACCAUAAAGGAUGUCGUACACAACAUAUGCCUCUCGCUGAUGGAACCGAAUGUGGUUAUGGCAUGCACUGCAGGCACGGCAUGUGUGUGAAUAAGGAGAUCGACAUGAAGCCGGUGAAUGGUGAAUGGGGCCCCUGGGGGCCCUACAGUGUGUGUUCCAGAACAUGUGGAGGAGGAACUCGCAGCACAAUCAGAGACUGCAAUAAACCUGAGCCGAGGAAUGGCGGGCGGUUUUGUGUCGGACGCAGAAUGAAGUUCCGCUCGUGUAACACGGAGGCGUGUCUGCGCGGCCAGAGGGAUUUCCGAGAGGAGCAGUGUGCGCAGUUCGACGGCAAACACUUCAACAUCAACGGCCUGCUUCCCACCGUCCGUUGGGUGCCAAAGUACAGUGGUAUUCUAAUGAAGGAUCGUUGUAAGUUGUUUUGUCGUGUUGCCGGAACGAUGGCGUACUAUCAGCUGAGAGAUCGGGUCAUAGACGGAACCCCGUGUGGACCGGACACCUAUGACAUCUGUGUACAAGGCCUCUGCCGGCAAGCAGGUUGUGACCAUGUUUUGAACUCAAAGGCCAGGAAUGAUAAGUGUGGAGUUUGUGGUGGAGAUAACUCCUCCUGUAAAACUCUCGCAGGCACCUUCAACAAUGCACAAUAUGGUUAUAAUGUUGUGGUUCGGAUACCUGCUGGUGCCACAAACAUUGACAUAAAGCAGGUCAGCUACUCAGGGUCUCCGGAGGAUGAUAACUACCUCGCUCUGUCUGACAGUCAGUCCAACUUCCUCCUGAAUGGAAACUUCGUGGUGUCCAUGUUUAAAAGAGAGGUGACGUUUAAAGGAACAGAAAUCGAGUACAGCGGAUCAAACACAACAGUGGAGCGCAUCAACUGCACAGAACGCAUCGAGGAAGAGCUCGUGCUGCAGGUUCUGUGUGUUGGGAACCUGUAUAAUCCUGAUGUCAGAUAUUCCUUCAGUGUUCCCAUUGAAGAGCAGCAAGAGCAGUUCGUAUGGGAGCCAUCGGGCCCCUGGCAGGAGUGCAGUCGCGUGUGUCAGGGUGAGCGGCGGCGGAAGGCUGUGUGCGUUCGUAAGAGUGACCGCUUGGUGGUUUCAGAGCAAAGGUGCGAGUAUCUACCUCGACCGCGGGCCGCAACGGAGCCCUGCAAUACAGACUGUGAACUCAGAUGGCACAUCGCGGGCAGGAGUGAUUGUUCCAGUAAGUGUGGACCGGGUUACCGCACACUGGAUGUGUUGUGCAUGCGCUACAGUCAGAACAAGAGACUGAGUGAGCGUUUGGAGGGCAGAGCUUGCGGAGACCUGCCCAAACCGCAGACGCGUGAGGGUUGCCAUGGAGACUGCCUCCUUAAGAGCUGGCAGUACAGCACCUGGUCUCAGUGCUCUGAGUCGUGUGGUGAUGGCGUGCGGACGCGUCAGGCGUACUGUAUGAAUAAUUUGGGACGCAGGCUGGUGGACAGAGAGUGUGUGGAGCAGCAGAGAGUUGUAUCAGAACCCUGUAAUGAACAGUCCUGUCCCGACUGGACCACCAGUGAAUGGAGCGAGUGUUUGGUGACAUGUGGGAAAGGCGUCAGACACAGGCAGGUGCUGUGCAUUCUGGGAGAUGAGAAACUGAGCGGUCAGCGCUGUGAUCCGAACACUAAACCAUCCGCCGCCAGCUCCUGUGAGCUGCCGGAAUGUGCCGUCUGGCAGGUCGGAGUCUGGAGUCCGUGUACAGUGACGUGCGGUCAGGGUUAUCAGAUGCGUGCAGUGAGGUGUGUGUCGGGAGCAUAUGGAGAAACAGUGGACGACAGGGACUGUAAUGCAGCCGCGAGACCACGAGACAGCCAGGACUGUGAGUUGACAGUUUGUUCGCGGGCAGCAUCUGUGUUUAACACACCAAAACCAGCCGAAACGGGUCAGAUACACACACAGUGGAGAUACGGGUCGUGGACAACUUGUUCGGUAUCGUGUGGCGAGGGCAAGAGAGAGCGUUACGUCAGCUGUCGAGACGGUCAGGGCGGUGUCGCCGAUGUGUCGUACUGCGCUCACUUGCCCCGCCCACCCGACUCCUCGGUGUGCUUCAGUCCCUGCGGUCAGUGGAGAGAGAGCGAGUGGACUCCAUGUUCGGUGUCAUGUGGAGUGGGUCGGUCUACUCGACGGGUUGUGUGCAUGAAUUAUCACCAUCAAGUGGACGAGUCGUUCUGUCACCCGGACGAGAGGCCUAGCACUGAACAAGAGUGUGCAGCCGCGCCCUGUCAGUCCUCAUAUCAGUGGCCCAACAACCAGCCGUACUUCCCCUAUGACCCCAGCAACCACCCUGGACACCACAGCUGGAACGUCCUGUCUGCAGAUAACCAGUGGAGGACAGGACCGUGGGGAGCGUGUUCCAGUACAUGUGAAGGAGGCUUUCAGAGGAGAGUCGUGGUCUGUCAGGACGCAGAAGGCCGCAGCACCAAUCACUGCGACGAGAGAGUCAAACCCAAUGAAUCCAAGAGCUGCGACUCAGGACCCUGUCCUCACUGGAACUACGGCAUCUGGGGAGAGUGCACGCGGUCGUGUGGUGGCGGUCAGCAGACGCGGUUGGUGGUCUGCCAGCGUACGAACGGGCAGAGAUUAAAUGAACACAACUGUGACAUGCUCGACAAACCACCCGAUAUGGAACAGUGUAACGGCCAGCCCUGCCCGGGCACUGCCACCUGGCACAGACGCUCAUGGAACCCGUGCUCUGUGUCGUGUGGAAAGGGACUCAAGGAAAGACAGAUUGUGUGCGUGGACCAGAAUCAAACGCAGAUUGACGAGGAGCGCUGCGCACAUCUCAACCGGCCAAGAGCGCAGAAAGUCUGUAGGGUGGGACCCUGCCCCAGCUGGAGGACCAAUCGGUGGAGAGCGUGUUCAGUGACUUGCGGCGUUGGUGCUCAGACCCGUGAGGUGUUCUGCAGGUCUAAGGGCAAAGGUCGAGUCAAUGAUGAGAUGUGUGACAUGCAUGAUCGUCCUGCGAGCGUUCAGUCCUGCUUCCACACGGAGUGUCAAACACACAGCUGGACAACACAUGAGUGGACAGAUUGUAACGCCACAUGUGGACGGGGUGUGAGGACUCGAGCAGUGUUUUGCAUGGAUGGCGAGAUGAACGCAGUUUCUGACCGUGUGUGUGACGCCUCUUAUAAACCCGCCACACACGAGUCGUGUCACAGCGUCCCCUGUCAAUACGCCUGGGUUACUACAGCGUGGAGUCAGUGUUCAAUGAGUUGUGGUUUUGGACUUCAGCGUCGGGCGGUCUAUUGUUCAGCAGUGCCCUCAUAUUCUCAAGCUCUGCCCUCUGAAUGCUCUGAACCCACGCCGCCUGAUACCAGACCAUGCCAGCUCAAACAGUGCCCUUUACCCACACACUGGAAAGUCAGCCCUUGGAGCAAGUGUUCUCAGUCAUGUGGUGCUGGCGUGAUGGAGAGGCAUGUCGAGUGUGUCAGUGAUGUAAAUGUCCCAUGUCCCUUGUCCACACGGCCAGAGUCUCAUGCCACCUGCAGACAGACAGACUGUGAACUUUACACAAGCUGCCGUGAGCUCCAGAUAAAGGAAGGCGUCAGGAAAGAUGGAGAGCAUUACCUCAAAAUCCGGUCCAAGAUUCUCCAGAUUUACUGUGCUGAAAUGCAAAGCGGUUACCCGAAAGAGUAUGUGACCCUGCGCAGUGGGCAAACGGACAAUUACUCUGAGGUGUAUGGAUACAGGUUGCAAAACCCGUUUGAAUGUCCAUUUAACGGCAGCAGGAGGCAGGACUGUGCGUGCAGGAAUGAUUAUGGUGCGGCUGGUUACACCGUCUUCCACCGCCUGCGACUGGAUCUUUCCAGCAUGUGCAUCAUCACAACUGAUGGGAAGUUUAGUCAAACACUGUUCGGUCGCUCCGUCCCGUUCGCCACUUCAGGAGACUGUUAUAGUGCUGCUAAAUGUCCUCAGGGCCAGUUUAGUAUCAACCUCACAGGCACUGGGCUAACAGUCGCAGAUUCGACUAAAUGGGUUUCCCAGGGCAACUAUGUCACAGUCAAAGUUCACCGGUCAGAGGACGGAACCAGAAUCUACGGCCGCUGUGGAGGAUUCUGUGGAAAAUGUCUUCCUCACCCUCAUACUGGUCUUCUUGUUCACAUCCAGUGAAAGAAAAGUGUCAAACAUGAAGCAGUAAAUGACGCAGAUGGUGUAAACAGAGCUGUUCAAGAGAAAGACAUCCUAAUUUAAUCCCUGACAUCAAGACCGCCGUCGUAACUGAUUUGGCGUCCAUCUCUUUCACGUCCGGCAGCACUGUGUUGUCGUAAAGGGAUUUGUUUUGUUUUUAACAAUGGCAAAAGUAUUUUACUAUCCAAAUGAUCUACUGAAACCAUUAGUCCUCUGGACAUGAACUACUCUAAAAUGUAGAUAAUCCCAGAUAGCACAUGUACAUCUCUGACUAGAUGUCUAUUUAAGAGCGUUCAUCUGGAAAGCAUCACAAUCUAAUUAACGACUGAGAAAUGUCUUAAAAAGAUCCGAUUUAAAGUAAUAAAAGGAAAGACAUAUUGGUCUUUUAGAUGUAUUGCUGAUGAGCAAACAAUGUUAAAAAUACGUCUUCCAGAUGUCUGGGUGAUGCAAGUGUGCUAACAGGAAAUGCAUUACGGACGAUCUGACGACAGCAAACAGCUUGAUAUGAGAAUGUAAAUAAUUGAUUGUUGUGUAUAUUUGAAUGUUUUAACAUAUUUUGCAUCAAAGACUGGCCUCAGAACAGCCUUAAAUCCAGAAAGGGGUCAAAACAACGUCAAGCUAGCACUACUGAAAUCUCUUUAAGGCGAUUUAUCUGACGAAUGUUUUCAACUGAAAAUAACCGUCCUGCUAACAGUGCGUAAGACUGUUCCUACAAAGUAAUCUGGCUAAAAAAAGACUUAUUCAGAUAUAUGAUAAUAUUUAAUAAUAUUAUAUUUAAUUAUAUGCUAAAAUGUUUCAGUUACGGUGCUAAAAACAACGUUUGAUUGAACGUAGCCUCCGCUAGCAUGUUAGCAUGCUGCAUUAGCAUAGGCUUUUGUGUAUUUACAGUUAUUUUACCCUUGUGCAUCAAUUUAAAAAGUUACUCAGAGGUCCUUAGAGGACAAAAAUGUCAGUGUCAAAAAACUGCCAUAAUAAUAUUACAUAUUAAUAUUAUUUUCCACUUUCAAUUAGUUAAUUUAACCAACAUCAGUCCUGAUCAUAACUACCAAAUAUUCAUUCAUUUUCAGGAUUUUAACCUUUUAAAUGCCAGUUUGUUUACAUAAUGCCACUGUUGUUUUUUACACACACACACACACACAUUUCUCAGUACACACAUACAAAACACACUCUGACAUCCAUACCAACACACACACACAAUUUGAUCUGCAUUAUUUAUUCAGUUGUCCUGCAGUGCUCUAUAAUACAGCAAACAGAGAAUAGGGGAAAAGUAUGUUUUUGCUCCAUAGGCUAAACAUGAGAAAAAUGGCGCCAUCUGGUGGAAAAUAUUACAAAUGUAAAUGUUGAAGCCAGGGCUCUGGAAUGAAAUCACAAUAUCAUAGAAUUCAUGAUUUUAUACUUUAAUGGCACUGGGACCAAAUAUUGCAGUUUUAAUGGGUUUCAGUGGGGACAUUUUUGUCCUGAAGGUCCUGAGUGUAACUAUUGUGUGUACACAGUGUAUUAUAGAUGUAUUAUAGGAACUGAGGUUGAAAUAUCAAAAUUCCCCCCAAAAUACACACCUUUGGCAAAAUGUAUGCCGUUGGCGUUAACAUAGCCAAAAUGAUAGAAAAAACAAAAAUAAAAAAGACAAAAAUGCCCCGAAGGUCACACAAGGGUUAAGUGAUUAAAAAGAGACAAAUUAGUAACAAUAAUGUAUUUGUAACAUAAAUAAAUCACCAAAAUGAUGUCCCUGCUGAACAAACAGUCCAGCUUAAGACCAGCUAACCACCAUAAUAGGCUUGUUUUAGCAUUUUGUUCUUGUCAAUAAGGGCAGCUACUCUGAAUCUGACUCCUUCAUUAAAGGGGAAAUUAAUAUUUUUCAUGUUAACCAAUGUAGAAAAUCACAAACCCAUCCUAGUUCAAGCUACCGAGUCACUCACAAUAUAUUUCAUGUAACAAUAUUCAACAUUUUAUGUUUUAACUUGUAUAAAAUGGACGUAAAUGGACAUUUUUAUAAAAAAAAAAAAAUAUUUUUUUCAAACUGACUAACAGGUGAAUGAACAGACAUCCGUUUAAUUUAAAGGGGAAAUUAAGUAAAUCAAAUUAAAAUAUGUGCAGUAACAAAUGGCAAAACAGUCUGACCCUACCUCUCAUAAUCAUGAAUAUUCAUGUGUUUUAUUGUGUUCAACUCUAUUUAUGUUUGACAGUAUUUAUUCUGUUAUGACACAGAUAAUCAGUUGUUUUAUUAGAUAUUAACAGGCUCAGAAUGAAUCUGCACACUUGCAUUUUCUGUGCUGAUUUUAGGAGGAAAUCUACAGAAUUCAGUGAAAUGGAUGUAAAGGUAUGUGUUAAAUGGUGCUGAAAGUACUACACUUGUAUAGCUGAAAACAUCAUUAAAUUAUCUCAAAUAUUGUAAAUUUUUUGGGAAUGUAAAAAGUGUUUCUGCAGAGUUUUAUGGUGACAGAUUCAAUUUUCUUUAGUCAUUUAUUGGCUAUUAACAGUGUAAUGGUGCUUACAUUUAUUUACCUCUUAGUAACUGGAAUUACUUUAACAUUCGUUAUUGUCUCAGGAGCCCACCACACGCUUAAACCUUCAUGUUUCACAAAUUGUCCUUCAUGUAAAUACCUGAAUAA